AUGGGAUCUUUUCCCCCAUCGUUCUCAAAUCAGUAUAUCCUAGUGGCUGUAGACUAUGUAUCGAAAUGGGUAGAAGUAGUUGCAUUGCCAACCAACGACAUAAAAGUGUUAUUGAGUAAAUAUGGCGUUAAACACCAUGUGGCUACACCAUAUCAUCCACAGACCAGCGGACAAGUUGAAGUGUCUAAUCGGCAGUUGAAGAGAAUACUUGAGGUUACAAACAACAUUCAAGACACUGAUAGGCUGUCUCCAUACUGCCUAGUUUUUGGAAAAGUGUGCCACCUCCCACUAGAGAUAGGACACCAUGCAUAUUGGGCUAUGAAACAAUUAAACGUGAAUUUGAAGACCGCCGGUGAGAAACGUUUACUAGGCAAGAGUUUGAAGUGUGGCAAAAAGUUUAUUAUACGAUUCGAGACUCAGGCUCUUCGCAGGAAAACUAAGGUCAAGGUGGUUGGGUCCUUACACUAUCACAAAAGCUUUGCCAUAUGGAGCCAAGAAGUCAGCCAUAAAACUAAGGAUACUUUUAUAGUUAAUGGGCAAAGGCUGAAACAUUAUUGGGGUGGUGAUUUCUCAAAGCAAAAGUCCACCAUUCAACUUGGAACACCAAAUUGA